CUCGCUCUCCUGGCUGCGUCGGGCUCGGCUGCAGCCACCGCCGCGGUUCAUGUGAUGGGGAAGGCGCGGCGGCGAGGCAAGCGGAGCCCCUUCGGACGGGUCGUCUCCGUUCGGCCAAAGACGUAGCGGCGGCGCCCGCCCGCCCGCCAGCAGGUAAAGGCAAUGGAAGUCAACGGCCAUCUUUGUAUCCGGCGCUGGUCUACUAGGCACGUAGCCAAAUGGCUGAAGGACGAAGGCUUUUGCGAAUAUGUGGAUACUUUGUGUGAUAAACACAGACUGGAUGGGAUUACAUUACUGACCCUGACUGAAUAUGACUUACGGUCUCCUCCUCUGGAAAUCAAAAUUCUGGGUGAUAUCAAGAGACUCAUGUUAUCAAUACGCAAAUUACAGAAACAUCACAUUGAAGUUCUGGAGGAGCUAGGAUACAGCAGUGACGGUACUAUUGGCUCUCUCUCACCCACCAUUAGCCCUCUCCAGGGAACAGACUGGCUUUGUAAUGGAGAAGUGCAGCGGGACUGCGAUGACUGCGAGCCCAUUGUUGACUUGAACGCAGAACAGUACCAGUAUGCCAACGGGAAAAACAAGCACGCUCCACGAAGGCUGGACCCAGAGUACUGGAAGACAGCGUUGAGUUGUAUAUAUGUCUUCAUUGUGUUUGGUUUCACAUCAUUCGUCAUGGUUAUUGUUCACGAGCGCGUGCCAGACAUGCAGACAUAUCCACCACUGCCGGACAUAUUCCUAGACAGUGUUCCAAGGAUCCCUUGGGCUUUUGCCAUGACCGAAGUAUGUGGAGUGAUCCUCUGCUAUAUCUGGCUGCUGGUCCUCCUCCUUCACAGACACAGGUCUAUCCUUUUGCGACGAUUAUGCAGCCUUAUGGGUACCGUGUUUCUGUUGCGUUGCAUUACAAUGUUUGUCACCUCCCUCUCGGUGCCAGGCCAACACCUACAGUGUUCUGGAAAGCUCUAUGGUAAUGUGUGGGCGAAGCUUCAGCGAGCCUUUGCCAUUUGGAGCGGGUUUGGCAUGACACUAACCGGAGUACACACCUGCGGGGAUUACAUGUUCAGCGGUCAUACUGUUGUGCUGACGAUGCUGAACUUCUUUGUCACCGAAUAUACGCCAAGAAGCUGGAACUUCUUGCACACUCUGUCCUGGGUGCUGAACCUCUUUGGAAUCUUCUUCAUUCUCGCAGCUCACGAACAUUACUCCAUCGACGUCUUCAUUGCCUUCUACAUUACCACGAGACUCUUUUUGUACUACCACACCUUGGCUAACACCCGGGCCUAUCAGCAGAGCCGAAGGGCCAGGAUCUGGUUUCCUAUGUUUUCGUUUUUUGAAUGCAACGUCAAUGGUACCGUUCCCAAUGAGUAUUGCUGGCCCUUCGCAAAGCCAACAGUGUUGAAAAGGUUAAUUGGAUAAAGAGAACUGGGUUUCGUUCAUGCCUGCGUGAAGUUGUUAGCGACUGACUUACUACAAGAAUGGUUGGGUAAAGAAAGGUUUCCUCUCAUCCUUGGGACUCUUCCCUCCCCAGCCUGAGAUGUUUUCUGCCAGGCUAAGAGAGGCUGUUUUUCCCUUAAUAUGCAGUGGGAGCGGUUCCCUAGAACAAAGGUCUGCAUGAUUACAUUAAUGGUUAGGUUGCUACUAACUCAACGUCUUUGGAGGGCUUUGAGUGUCUUCUGAAGGUCUGGGCUCUGGAUCCAGAUAACCUCAAGUACUACCUAGUUAAGGUUUGUUUUUGUUUAAGAGACUAGCUAACGCAAGUGUCAUAUAGUUCCGCAGUGUCUGUCGAAUGAAAGUAAAGGUGUAUUUGGGGAGGGAAGUGGGGGAGGAAUGGCCUCUUCAGAAAAGGGAGCCUUUCCCACAGAGCUUCAAGAAGGAUGCAAUAUGGGUGGUGCGGGUGGUGCGUGUGAAAGAGUCGUAGUCACCCCCGCUGGCACGUAGUACCACAGUGGCAGCAACGAGGUGGGCUUCAUUGAUUUGGAGAAAAUGAUUUUAUAACGUUCUAACGCCCAGCGUUUUCCUUGUUUACAUUUCAGUCAGUCUGUUAGAAAUAAAUAUUUUAUCUUUCGAAAAUGGAGUUCGCUUAAUCUUAGUGCCAUGUAACUCUUCCUUUGGAAGGCAGUAUUAAAAAUACAAAAAUCUGUGCAUGCUUUUAAAGUGUUGCUGCUAGGAGAAUAGAGCACUAACAAUUGAUAGAAUAGCAGGCGAUAGAACAAAAGAUUUUUAAAUUUUGUUUGGGGGCAGAGGUGUUUAAUGUUAAAUAGUGACUUUUGGCAAUACAGGUAAUGCAUUGAAGCCAUUUCCCCCCUUCCCCAUCAUUGGGUUGGAUUUUGCAGGUUUGUUUUGCUAGCCGGAGGCAUUUUCCUCCGACAGAAAUAUUCUUGUUCCAGAGGAAAGAGCCUCUGCUAGCAUAACAAAUCCACGAGAUCCAAACCAUUACAAAGGAGUCUUGUUUGUUCUUUCUCGAAAUGGCAAAUGUCAAAAACUAAUUGGCUACCUAAGGGCCAGACUAGCGAGGAUGACCCAUGAAUAUGUUCAAUGUGUCCCACUCAUUGAUGUUUAUAAAGUAGGGAAUGGCGCUAAACCUAGCCCCCCCCAUGUGCCACUGCGUUCUGAUGUUGUCGGCAUUUCUUCCAGCCUGGCUCACUUCUGAUGUCUGGCUUGGACAGGACGAGAAAUGCUAGCGGAAGGCUGAGUGCAGGUUGAAGGGUUGAGCUGCUUCUCACAUUCAUGCACUACUUGUUUGAAAAUCCCUUCCCACAUUUUGGAGAUGAAUGAGUUGGCACAUACGUUUUGCCCUACAAUUAAUCUGAUAAUGCGUUAAGGGGAUUCUUUAUUCUUACCAAUAAGCAGCUUGUUUACCGUACUAGAAGUUAAAAUAUCUUAUGCCGUUAAGCAUUUGUGUAUCACUUUCUUUAGAGAGUUCGUGUGCUUGUGGAAAGAGCAAGAAUAAAACUAGAGUCUGAAUUCUUUGGAGUCCUGAAAUUACAGCUCCUGGCAGUCAAGAUAGGUCCCUAUUUUUCUUUGGAAAUUAGCUUUUAUACAAAUUACUCAGGUUUUCCACUAAUCUUCUAAGCCACCUGUUAGUGGAAAAUUGUACUUGGGAAUUCUAAAUGCUUGAAAAAAAGGGGGGGCAGAGAUGGGGAUUACUUGGGCUAAAGUGGCGAAUUGGUUGAAGAGUGGAUUAAUACUGUGUUAUUUUAAAAUAGCAUCUGCCUUCCAUAAUUGGUGAGCAGGUUUUCCUAGUAUAUCACAAGCUGUUCAUAUUUUGUAUUAACUUUUGUUAUGCAUACUAAUGUGUACCUGUUCCAAAUUGCUCUGUCCACACAACUGGCCUUUUAAAAGAUUUGUAUCUCACCAAGUCCCCAGCUGUGGGGUGUGUGUGUGUGUGUGUUUGUGUGUGUCUGUGUGUGUAUCACUUAGUUAUAACCCUGGCAUUAAAAAUUGUGGUUAGAGACUUAAUUUUUUAAAAAGCCCAUACAAUGCAGUGUGUCUUUUCAGCACAAAAUAGUGGCUCAGCUCCUUAAUCAUUUCAAGUAAUUACGUAGUGUUUUCAGGGGAGGAUUAUAUGGCAUUGUGUUGCCAUUGGCAGCCUUUUGUCCAGUUCCUGUCCCUGAUAAUCCAACGAGCCCCGUAAAGUAGACUUUGCUUUUAUACUUAAGUGUUCCUGUGGGUUAUUUCUAGUGCGAAGCAACCGGUGUUUACUUCUGGAACUGGAGAGGCAGUGUAUCUGUUCCAUCCAGGUUCUGUGGUAAGCAUCUCUGCAGAUGCAUUACAAAAUGUUCAGAUUGAACACUGUUAAAAAAACUCAGAGGCCGUUCCAGAAAUCUGCAGUAUUCAAAUGCUCAUAUAUUAGACGCUAGAAAUGAAACGUAGUGAAGCUUGCAAAUCUUCGCACUAGAAGUAUCUGCGGACUCGACUGGAAUUAUUCCAUUGUACAGCUUCUAUCUAUACUGAAUUACCACAGUAUUUAUGGACCAAUUUUGUUAUUUUGUUCCAAGUAUCACUUUAAGAGGGAACGUCUAUUGUCUUGGAGUGUCCCUCACUCCCAUUGUCACAAAUUGUGAUGUAUAGCCGAGUUAGGUUCUCUGAUUGAAAGUGUUUCGUAGAUCCUUUUCUUUUUAGGGGCUAGCUUUUGAGUGGCACUGAACAGCAUCAAGUUUCUUAGCAUGCAAUGGCUGGUGUCCAAAGAAAUAGUCUGCCAGUAAACUUGAAUAUACCACAGUACCUUGAUUAUCAAAAGUGGUAUCCUGACAGCUAGCCAUUGUAAAGGCAGCAUUGAGUUCUAUUUCAGUAAGAGAAUAUGAGAAAAUCCUGAAGUAGGUCCCUGUAUUUUACAUCUUUGCGACAUGGGGAAAGUGAAAAUGUAGCACUCUAGCAAUGCCAUCCUAAGGAGAGUUCCGUCCAUUGAUGUCAGUUAACUCCAAUGGGCUUAGAAGGGUGCAGUUCUUAAGAUGGUGGUGUAAGGAUCAGUGAAUCUUAAUUGCAUCCAAGAAUCCUGUGGCUGUCAAGCUUAAAAAAUUCCUUUUGCACAAGAAAAAUCGCACUUCCAACAACACAGCAAUACCACUUUAUGGUUUGGAGCGCAGUGUGGCAUUGUAAGCAGAACUGGCUAGAUCAAGUUUGACUUGAUGGUAGCUCCAAUCCAGCGCAGUUUAUUGUGCCCGUACUAUAAUCAGCAGCAGGUUGGAUCUGGACUGAAUUUACAGUUUCCACUGAUUCACCUUCCUGCUGCAGCUGCUGCUCAUGUUCUUCAUCAGGGUCCCUUUUUCACCAGAUGCAGCAUUUGGGGCUGCCGAGGGAGGGAGGAAGCCGGGAAGUUCCAUUCUGGAUCCAACCCAUUGGUCCUUAAUGUGCAGUGCAAACCUAUGUUUGUUGACUACAGCCGAGCUCCUUUUCUGGGCUAUGGCAUUUGUACUGAAAUGGGUAGGGGUGUGCUACACAUAAAAAAUCAGCAGUUAUGGGGAGAUUUUUUCUAAAGUGGCCAUCCCCAUGACAGGUCCUUUCCUUGGUUCAGGACAUUGUCUUGUACGGAGGAACUCUCGACAUGGUCCCGCCUGCAGUCUGAAAUAGUACAACUUGUAGUUUUGCCUCUUUGGACUCAGUUCAACUGAACUGAUUUCUGAGUAAGUGUAGGAUUGCCACUGUAGUUGAAACUAAACAUUCCGUUAGGGUGAAGCUAAUGUGUUCUGCUUGGCCUUAUGAGGAGGAAAGGACUUGGAAGAAGACAUCAGAAAGUUCUGUAGGAACUUAACAAAAACUCUUUAUUCUUGAAUUAGUAACACAGUGCUUGAUUACUUGUUUCAUAAGUACGACUUAGUUUUUCAAACGUAAGCUGUUCCCGAUACUUGUCAUGAUACGGUGCUACUUUGCACUUCAGGUUCUAAUCAAAAUUAGCCAUUCUAUGGAAUAUUAUUUUAAGUAUUUACCUAUAUAUUCUCAGCCACGUCAUCCUUAUUGUGCAUUUUGUCCAUUCUGAGAGCAGAUGAGUGACAGAUCAGCUGUUUUCAUUGUGGAUUGUUCUAAAAGAGUGGAAUUUUCACAUUCCACUUCCUAUUUUUUUUAGCCACCCCCCCCCAAACUUUUACUGAUAAAAGUAAAUAUAUUACAGCAUCACAUAUAUAGGUCUUCCAUGUAGUACUGUUCGUUUUGGAAUAUACUGGCAUUUGGAAAAGUGGCAGUAAAACAGGUAUAGGUCUCAGUCCCACAGGUCUAUUCUGCACCUUCCCCUGGUUCUAGAAGUUGGUCUGUUAGCAGAAAAGCCUCUUACCGCUGGGGAAGGCAGAGGUAAUAAGCAGAAUGCAGCCAUGGAGACCAACUCAUAGUUUGAGAGAGUCGCAGUCUUACAGUUGACAAGAAACAAAGGGCUAUUUCGUGUCUUAUGGGGCAGUCACCUUAUGAAAUCGUCUUUACCUGCUUGGGACCAAAUCUGCACUACAUUUGCCUGCGUUUGGGAUUAAAGCACGUGCCAAUUGGAGGCACCUUAGUAUAGUUGAUAAAGUAUUAUCUCUGCCUUUGCUCAAAAUGAAAUGCUACUUGGUAUGCAUAUGUUGGAAGAGUUCUGUUUGCAUGCUUGUCUACUGUGGACUACUGGAAAUCUCUUUAAAUCCUAAUUUAUUGAAAAUGUUUCAUGUUUUGGAUUAUUGCCCUGCUAAAUUACUGCAUAAUGGAUGUUUAGACUUAAAUUAUUUUAAUUAUAAAGCCUCUCCUCAAAGGUCCCAGAUUUGGAAAAAAAAAACUUAAAUCAGCAUAACUGAAUGAAUCAGCUCUAUAUUGCUGAUCUUCGGCUACUUAAAUGGGACUAUCCUGUGUAAAUUCACGGCGCCUUCUGGUGGCAGGCAGUCAAAAGCUGAAGCAUACUCUGUAGUUAUGAAGUUGUUCUUCAUGUACCGAACCAUGUAAAAGUGCUAUGCUGGGUGGAAAUUGUAGUGUGAGUGAGAUGUAUAAAAUUUGAAAAUACUAUACAUUUUCAGAAAGCAAUUGGGAGCUUCCCGAGUCUUGUCCAGAUUUUGUAACAUGCUCCUGAACAAAUUGGCUUCAGUCUGUCAAAAAAAAAAAAAAAAGAGCCCUCAGCUUGGAUUUGGCAUAGAUUCUAGAACCAAACAGAGUCUUAAGAUGUUGCUAGACUUUCUGGGUAUCUGAGAGUUAAACUCUGGCAUUAUUAGCAUGGAGCAGGCCCCUGUUUUUGUACAGACUUGCCUGGAGAAGUCCUAUAUUUCUUUCUUUUUUUUUAAAGCUGUACUGUAGUCUUUCUUCCCCUUAGUCCACAAACUGAGUGACAUCUAUAUACUAUGUUUUGCAUUCUAUUUGGCAAAAUCAUGGAAAGAAGAGACAUGGUUGGUAGUCCAACCGGUCGCUUGGGGCUUAGCACAAACCUUUUACUUCCCCCACCCCUCCUGCUCUUAAAGAACGUAGCAUUAUUUGAAGGCUUGAAUGUUCCUGAUGCAGAAAAGUUUGAAGCACAGAAGCUGUGUAAAUAGAGAGAUUUCUCAGAUUUAAAGCAGAUUUAAUUUAUAUUGUUUUGUAUUUGUUGUAUUAAACUAAAGUAUUAAAUAAAAAAUGUAAGAUGAG